UCACCAUGAACAUGAAAUCAUGGCGAAAUUUCUAUCCAGAGUUCGCGCCCUUGGAUUGCAGGCAUUCGGCUUGAGGUACGGCUCGACUAUGGCAGCUCAAAAGUUGAACGCGGAUUUGUCUCGGGAACUGGUUGAAAGUGUUGACAAUUUUUUGUUUGAUUGCGACGGUGUGCUAUGGGAUGGAAAAGGUGCCAUUCCUGGAAGUCUGGAGACAAUCAAGCUUCUUAAAAAAUUGGGCAAGAGGGUUUUCUAUGCAACUAAUAACAGUUCCAGUACCCGAGAGCAGUAUGCACAGAAGUGUCAGAAGUUUGGUUACGAUGCGGCAGAGGAGGAGAUUGUGUGUACGGCCUUUAUUGGAGCUUUAUAUUUGAAAAACAUUAACUUCACUGGGAAGGUGUACCUGGUGGGAAAUCCUGCCAUGGGUGUGGAGCUGGAUAAAUACGGUAUUCGGCACACAGGCAUAGGGCCUGACCAGGAAAUGAUAGAUGACUUCUAUCCAGAAUGGUUGACAAUGAAGUUGGAUCCUGAGGUGAACUGUGUUAUGGUUGGGUUUGACAAGUACUUGAGCUAUCCCAAAAUACUGAAAGCCAGCAGUUAUCUGAAGAAACAAGAUACUAUCUUCUUAGCAACAAAUGAAGAUAGCAAUCUACCUGCGAAGGGGGACAUUGUUAUUCCUGGAACUGGAACAAUGGUCCAUGCGGUGAAAUGUGCCAGCCGAAGGGAUCCAAUUGUUUUAGGAAAGCCAGAAAGGCCGAUGUUUGAUGUCCUACAAAAGGCACACAACCUUGACCCAGCUCGAUGCUGUAUGGUUGGUGACCGAAUCAACACUGACAUAGGACUGGCCAAGGGGUGUGGGUUGAAGUCGCUUCUUGUACUGAGUGGUGUGUCGAUGGAAGCAGAUGUUAACCCUGAAUCAAGCAUCUUCUCCAAGGAGCAGUUUCCGGAUUAUUACACGUCAACUCUUGGGGACCUGGAGAAGCAUCUCCAAAACUCACAACAACAGAGUUGAUGAUGAAUGAAGUUUAAGAUAUUAAAUCAUAUUGUUUUUAUUGUUUUUGACUUUUCGACAGGCCAGUGUUUUCUUCAUCAGGGCUCGAUUUAAGAGAUGUUCACCUACUUGCACAGGGUGCAACCUAAGAUAAAAACCUUGUUGCACCAGCCAAAUUCCAGUUGCACUGCUUUUAUUGCAAAAUAUAAUGAAAGAAAUAUGUUAUUGAAUUAUUGUUUUAUUCAGAAAUUUUACACACUCAAAAAUUGACUUGCACUUGGUUCAGUUUAGACCAAUAACCUGGUUGCACAUUUCGUAAUAUAGGGUUGCACUAGUGCAAGUAACAAAGCACUUAAUUGAGCCCUGUUUAUUAUUAUUUAUUUACUACUUUGUUCUGUUGCAUGUGUUUUUUUCAUUCUUUUCUCCACAACAUGUAUUGUCCAUGCUUGACAAUGGUACAUGGAACUAUACCUAUUAUGUUAUAUCUAUAAUAACAAACUUGUGAUCCAUUAACAUUUUGUCUGAUUUAUAAUGUUUUGUUAACUUUUUAAACCUGCCAUACAUUUGAAUGGGUAAUGUAAAGGUGCAGAGCAUCAUUUUUGAAAGACUUAGAAGUAUUAAACAAUCCUGUCGAUUCUUGUGCAAUAACUUUUUAAAUUUGUUUUGAAUGUUUGCCAGUGUUAUUGUUUUUGUGAAAUAUCAUGCUACUCAGGUGCUUCUGUCAUAGGUGAGAAAUAAGAAUGUGAGCUUUUGGCAACCACGAACAUUGGUUUAGCUUCACAUCUGACCAUGGAUCAUUAUACAUAUAAAGUUGUUUGUCUCGGUUUUCUGUCCAUCAGUAUAUCCAGUUGUAUGUUUGCUCAAGCAAAAAUAAAACAGAGAAGUUUUCAA